AUGACAGACAGAAAAUUGCAGCUAGAAGACUGGCUGGACGACCUUUGUGUUCGAUUCAUAAUCAAUAUUCCUGCGGCUGAUCUAUCACACGUUCCUCGAAUAUGCUUUCAAGUCGAAGAAGCGCAAUGGUACUACGAAGAUUUUAUCCGGCCUCUGGACCCAAGCCUACCCUCGAUGACCCUUCGUAACUUUUGCCUCAAGAUAUUUCUACAUUGCCCUCUACUUUCAAACUUCUCGGAAAGUAUUCACAUGCGAGCUUUUGAGGAGUUUCUUCUAUACAAGACCCGAGUUCCAGUGAGGGGUGUGAUUCUGUUAAGCGCGGACAUGGAUGAAGUCGUUCUUGUAAAGGGUUGGAAGAAGGGUGCAAAUUGGAGCUUUCCCCGUGGAAAGAUUAAUAAAGAUGAGGACGACCUUACGUGUGCUAUUCGAGAAGCAUACGAAGAGACCGGUUAUGACCUUGAACAGUCAGGACUUGUUCCCAAAGAUCGAAGUCUAGUUAAAGGUAUCGAUGUUACAGGACAUGGCCAACAGAUCAGAUUAUACGUUUUCAGAAACGUUCCUAGGGAAACCUAUUUUGAGGCACAAACUCGCAAAGAAAUUAGUAAAAUUGAUUGGUGGCGGUUAUCUGAUCUUCCAGCUUAUCGAAAGAAAGGGCAGCAACAAAAUCAACCAGAGGCUGCCGCAAACGCCAACAAAUUCUACAUGGUGGCACCAUUCCUACCUCCACUCAAGAAGUGGAUUUUAGAUCAAAAGAAAAAAGAUGCUAGGACGGCAGCUAAUAACCAGCACUUGGAAGCUGCAGGAAAUAUCAGCCACGAUGAAGGUAUUACUGAGGAUGAUCAACUGGUUGAACCAAGCAUAAAUUAUGAUGCACCUGUGUCGCAUGAUGCUGAACGGACUAGACGCAAUGCUGCCGACCUAGCUCUUUCUGCUAUAAUGCAAGUCCAACCAUCGACCCAGGGACUACAACACAAUGCCAUUAACCCUGCGCAAUCACAAGCUUCGCAUAGCUCAGGGCAGCAACUGCUUGCUCUUUUACAUAGUAAACCUCCUGCGGAUCAACCACCGCCAACUCAACCAUAUCCGCAAACACCUUUAGAAAAUACCAUUACCCAAAUACCUUUUCCUAAAACUCCUCAUCAUCAGGUACCUCACCCUUCGCACAUCUCAAAUCAACCACCUCCACCUCCUUUCCCACUACAACAACAGCAAGAGCAACGUCCAAUGCAGAAUUAUUCCUACCAGCAACCCGAUCUCCAAGUUCGUUCCGAUCAAAGGCCUAUCCCCAAUAUGCAAUAUCGCCAUCAGAUGCCGCAGCAGAUACCACAGCAAAUCCCGCAAAGAAUGCCAGCUCAAAUGCCACAGCAAUUCUCAGCGCAGAUCUCCCAGCAAUUGCCACAGCACAUGCUACAGCAAGCUUCGCAACAUAUGACUCAGCAUAUACCGCAGCAUAUGCAAACACAACUUCCACAGCAGCGAGAACGUCAUCCAUAUCAACCCACUUUGAUUCAUCCUCAGCCACUCCCUCUCAAUGCCCAGAAAGUGUUGUUUACCGGAGGUCCGGUGCAUUCAACCAUGGUGCCGCAGCAUAUUCAGCAACAACCUCCGCAUCCCAACUUUACGACUUCUGGCCCUCUGCCUCCUCCCCAAUUUCCUAAUGUACAUUCUACCAUGGUUCCGCCGCUACCAAAGGAAGCACCGGCUGCUGCACUCACUAGUCAUUCAUUGCUACUCUUAAACGCGUUCAAGAAUCGGGACGAAGUAAAUGUAAAUAUCACUUCUAACUCUUUAAUUUCUGAAGGUCCAACUCAGCCGCACCCGAAUUCUACGCGGCCUGAAGCUCUUGAGCUUCCAGGAGAAAGUUCUCGAUCUAUUCCCGUUCCUCUUCCUACUGAGGCAGCUCAAUCAUCAAAGUCUCAUCCUAGUAUGAAAGGAGAUAUUCCUAGUACGGCUGGUCAGAGUCAAACAGCUCGUCCCCCCAUCAGUGAGAACCAACGAUCAAUGUUAUUGGGUAUGUUCAAAAGUCCUGCAGCUCAACCGGCAACGCUGGCUGCAGAACCAGCUGCUGUAGUUCUACCAUCCAAUUCACCUUCAGCGGUGGAAUUGAGCGCAGUAGAACUCAUUUCGCCACCCGAAGUUUCACGACAAACAGCUUCCAAAGAAAAUACUCCAAUUGGCAGAGCUAGUCACAAGAUUACAGGAAUGAACCCCGAAUUGAACCUUCCAUUUCGAGCUACGUCAAUCCUCGCUCGUCCAGCCAAUGGGAAUAAAGAUGCUAAGUCAUAUGGGAGUUUGUCCAAGAAACCGGCCACUAGAUCAGAGAUGCCCAACAGCAGCAAGAGGCCUUCAUCAGAGAAAUCGUUUCAGCCACAAAUUCUCAAAAGACCACAGGCGAAUACAGUCAAAGCCUCCCCACUUCUUGGAGCUUCCACCAUUGCUGCUUAUUCGCCGAACCCUGCACCAUCUAAUCUGGCCGGCCCAUCGUCAUCUCCACUAUCCUUUACUUCCCAAGCUCCCCAGUCAACCGAACAAAAGCAUACCCUUUUGUCAUUGUUCGGAAAAUCGCCUACCCCCGCUCCCAGUUCGAUAUUCGGGAAAUCACCAAUGCCAGCUUCUAGUUCAAUGUCUAGAACAUCUUCGCAUGAUGGACCUUCUUCUAACCAUCUCAUAGAUGCCACGAGAAGUGCUGCAUCCAGAUCUAGAGUCGGAAGUCUGGCAUCAGGAAAUGGCGAGGGCUCGUCACGCCGUGGAAGCCAAGCACCAAUAUCACCAGCCGACAAAGGCUUCUUACUGAAUUACUUAGACGCAGUUGCUAGUAGGGGUUAUUGA